AUGCGUGGCGGAGCUAUGGGUAUGAUGGGUCAAGGAUACGGCAGACCAGCUCCAUAUGGCAUGGGUCCGAUGGGCGCGGGUUAUGGUAGAGGCCCUAUGCCUUAUAGAGGUCCAGUGGGAUACGCACCAGACCCAAACAUCAGUUUCUUCAAUGCUCCACAACCUGCACCUCCACCUCCUCCGAAUAAUCAGACGGAUUCAAACAACGAAAACAAAUCGAACGCAGCUGAAGUGCCAGGAUUUGGGUCCAAUAGCAGCAUUCAUGAAUUGUUCGGAAAGAUGGUGUGGAAAAAAAUGGAAGCUAUUAAAGAUGAAGCUGUCAUUGAUCGACUCCAAAAUCGCAUAAUGAACAUGAUUCAUGAAGCUCUAGCCCAGCAAUCUGAAGCGUCCAAUGGAGGUGGAGGAUCCAACCAAAAUGCGGCUGUAAAUGGCGGGAAAUCGAAUCAGUCAUCGGGAAAUUUCAGAUCUUUCUGA